UAUUUCAACAAGUUGGAGUACGCCAGGUUCAGCAGCAGUGUGGGAGAGUUUGUUGGUUACACUGAGUGGGGAGUGAAACAGGCUAAAUACUGGAACAGUGAUACUUCAUAACUGGCUCAGAUGAGAGGUGAGAAGGAGAGGUACUGCCUGAACAACGUUAACAUUGACUACCCGAAUGCUCUGGAUAAAUCAGUUAAGCCCUAUGUCAGACUGAGCUCGGUGGCGCCCCCUGCUGGUAAACAUCCCUCCAUGUUGGUCUGCAGCGUCUACGACUUCUUCCCCAAACACAUCAGAGUGAGCUGGCUCAGAGACGGACAGGAAGUCACCUCUGAUGUCACUUCCACUGAUGAGCUGGCAGACGCUGAUUGGUUCUACCAGAUCCACUCUCACCUGGAGUACACGCCCAGGUCAGUACAGAACCAGAACCAGGUCCACUCUCACCUGGAGUACACGCCCAGGUCAGUACAGAACCAGAACCAGGUCCAGAUCCACUCUCACCUGGAGUACACGCCCAGGUCAGUACAGAACCAGAACCAGAACCAGGUCCACUCAAACCUGGAGUACACGCCCAGGUCAGUACAGAACCAGAACCAGAACCAGGUCCACUCAAACCUGGAGUACACGCCCAGGUCAGUACAGGACCAGAACCAGAACCAGGUCCACUCAAACCUGGAGUACACACCCAGGUCAGUACAGAACCAGAACCAGGUCCAGAUAGGUCCGGUCCACUCUCACCUGGAGUACACGCCCAGGUCUGGAGAGAAGAUCUCCUGUGUGGUGGAGCACGCCAGCCUGAGAGAACCUCUGGUUACUGACUGGGACCCCUCCAUGCCUGAGUCUGAGAGAAACAAGAUCGCCAUCGGAGCCUCCGGACUGAUCCUGGGUCUGAUCUUGUCUCUGGCUGGAUUCAUCUACUACAAGAGGAAGGCCCGAGGUCAGACCAGUACCCAGACUGAAACCAGACCAGACCCAGACUGAAACCAGACCAGUACCCAGACCAGUACCCAGACUGAAACUAGAACAGUACCCAGACCAGCACCCAGACUGAAACCAGACCAG